CUCGGCGCCUUAGGCCUCACUUUCAUGCACGCCAUGCUCACCUACUGGAUCACCUACUUCCUGCCCGUCUACUUCCAAGCCGUCAAGGAAGCCUCCCCGAUCCGCUCAGGCGUGGACCUCGUCCCCAGCGCCGUGACCGGCAUUCCAUUCGCCAUCCUCGCCGGCGGCGGUCUCUCCACCUUGAACCGCUACCGACCCUUCCACUUCACCGGCUUCGCCUUUCUCAUCCUCGCCUGUGGUCUCCUCACCCUCCUCGAUGCCUCCUCCUCUGAAGGCGACUGGGUCGGGUUCCAGAUCCUCGGCGCCGCCGGCGUCGGCACCCUCCUCACCACCACUCUCCCAGCCCUCCAAGCACCUCUCUCCGAAGCGGAUGUCGCCGUCGCGACUGCCACAUGGGCCCAAGUCAACCAUCUCAUCACUUCGCGUUUGAGCGAUGAUCCAGAGCUGCAAGCCCGUCUGGCGAAUGGGGGUGCGUACGAGCUCGCCACCAAGGAGUUCAUCACCUCUUUGCGGAUUGUGUGGUAUGUUGCGCUGGCGUUUGCGCUGCUGGGAUUUUUGGUGGCGUUUGUGUUGAAGGAGGUGCCGAUGCGGGAGGACUUGGAGACGGAGUUUUGGGUUGCAGGAGAAGAAGAGGGGGUUGGAAGAGGGGAGUGA